UUAUAAUUAGCGGACCAUAUCGCAGCGAUUCGUUGGGAUAGCCGCGCUCGAUCGAUAGGGACGAUAUUUAGACGAGCAUUCGUCGAGAUUAACCUUUCCUCGCUUUCUUCAAUCGACACAAUCGCUGAAUCAUGCAGAUCUUUGUGAAAACUCUUACGGGGAAGACCAUCACCCUCGAGGUCGAGGCAUCGGAUACGAUCGAAAAUGUGAAAGCGAAAAUACAGGAUAAGGAAGGAAUUCCGCCUGAUCAACAAAGAUUGAUUUUUGCUGGCAAGCAAUUGGAAGAUGGCAGGACUCUGUCGGAUUAUAACAUCCAGAAAGAAUCCACUUUACACUUGGUGUUGCGCUUGCGAGGCGGUGCCAAGAAACGCAAGAAGAAGAACUACUCCACCCCCAAGAAAAUCAAGCACAAGAAGAAGAAGGUCAAGCUUGCUGUGCUGAAAUAUUACAAGGUAGAUGAAAAUGGAAAAAUCCACCGUUUGAGGCGAGAGUGCCCCAUGGAGCAGUGCGGUGCUGGUGUAUUCAUGGCGGCAAUGGAAGAUCGCCAUUACUGCGGCAAAUGUGGAUACACGCUUGUAUUCAAUAAACCAGAGGAGAAAUAAAUUUCUGGGAUAUAUUUCCACGUACGAAUUCUGUAAAUGUUACGUCUCCUUGUUAUCCUAUUUGAUUAAAUAAUGUAAUCAAAACGUAA